CAUCUAAGGGGUGGCCGAUAAAACGGGCUGUUUUGGCGAGUUCGAACAAAAGGUUAUCAGUUGAGUGGCUUUUGGUGGUCAUCCAAAGAAUUAAUUAGAUUCAUGCAUGCCCGACCUACAUAUGUCAAGUAUGUCCGCUUAUAGUCUAAAUAAGUGUGAGUUUAAACUGUUACAUUAUACCGAACUCUUCGUCUGCUAUGGAUUGUAUCUGGAUUCCGAUAUCGCCAUUCACAGGAAGACAGACUCACAGUGAAUGGCGUUUAAGAGCAGUCGGUGGCUCGUCAUGUACAAGGUGCAGCCGCCUAUAGAGAGAGUUGAUUUGGUUGCGGCUCUGUACUUUGGAGCCAAUCGUAGUUGAAAGUGGAGCAAACGAGUGCAAGUUCUCGUCCGGCUAGUGAAGGGGAUCGCUGGGGAUUUGUGACAGGAAAUGGUCGGAGUAUGUUUACCCAUUAACCAAGGUAAUCAACAUACUCAUCAAAAGGCUAUAUCGAUCAGUAAUCUGCAGGCGACAAUAAGGUAACACCCUUUUGCAUUAGAUAGAGUUUUGAAAUGUAGAAAAGCGUAAAUUAAACAGAACCAUGAGUUAUUUGGGUUUUUAUGGCGUUGGUGGUAUUUCGCCGGUAGUGGGUGAAAGAGGAUGAAGCCACGCUUCAAGCGUUUCGACUUAUUUUGUCGGAAAAGUUUCGUGUUUCUAUGGGUUAAUAGAAAGUAUACUUUUCCGAGUUGCUUAUAUACGGUUGUUAAUGAGUAAACUUGCAAAGGGGGAAAACGAAAUUGGCAUCUGAACUAAAAAAACACUCUUAUUUAUAGUGAGUGCGCCUAAAAUCCCACCACCAACGCGCUAAUCAGCUGAUAUUACCUAACGAGAAAAGAACGUUCAUCAGCGAUCAGUUUUAAUAACAAACACAUCAACAUAUGAAUAUUUAUUCAAUAGUAGUACUUAUCAAUAUUCGCCAAGAUGUUUAUUGUAAAACUACUUAGUUCUAAUAGAAAUAUUUCACUUCGCACACUUGGAACGUGUGCUACUACUCCUACAGCGGUACGAAUUGUUGAAGUUGGACCACGAGAUGGACUCCAGAAUGAACCAAAGUUAUUGCCUGCAUCUGUGAAAAUUUCACUAAUCGAUCAGCUGUCCGACACCGGUCUUAGAACAAUUGAAGCCACCUCAUUUGUCAGUCCGAAAUGGGUGCCGCAAAUGGGCGACAAUGCAGAGGUUUUGCGUAGCAUACAAAAGAAGACAGGUAUCAGCUAUCCCGUACUUACGCCCAAUUUAAAAGGCUUCGAUAGCGCACUGGAAGCUGGUGCCACUGAGGUAGCAGUUUUUGGCGCUGCUUCAGAUUCAUUUUCAAUGAAGAACAUAAAUUGCACAGCUGUUGAGAGUAUAAAUCGUUUUCGACCGGUUGUAGAGGCGGCCAAGAAGGCUGGUGUUAAAGUGCGUGGUUAUGUAUCCACCGUAGUUGGUUGCCCCUAUGAGGGUGCAGUUAGGCCAACUGCUGUUGCAAACAUAGCCGCUGAACUAUAUAGCAUGGGUUGUUAUGAAAUAUCAUUAGGUGACACAAUUGGUGUGGGCACACCGGGAUCGAUGCGUCGUAUGUUAGACGAGGUAGUAAAAGUUGUGCCAGCAAAAAAACUUGCAGUGCAUUGUCAUGACACCUAUGGUCAAGCUUUGGCCAACAUACUUGUUUCAUUAGAUUAUGGCAUUGCAGUCGUAGACUCCUCAGUAUCAGGCUUAGGUGGUUGUCCAUACGCUAGCGGUGCCUCGGGCAAUGUCGCAACGGAGGAUGUGAUAUAUAUGUUGCACGGCAUGGGCAUUGAAACGGGUGUUGAUUUGGAAAAACUCAUAAUGGUUGGACGUUAUAUAUGCCAUGAAUUAGGCCGUCAAUCGGAAUCUAAAGUGAAUCGUGCUUGGAAGGGCGCACAACCAACAAAACAAUAGUGCUACAUUUUAUAAAAAA